UUCGGUAGGGUUUCAUUCAAAAUACCCUGCCGAGUGACCAUCCCAGAUGACCAAAAACGAAAGGGGUUUUUGGCCUUCUGCAACUGAGUAGUUCACUAGUCACAGACUCACUACCAUCUCUUCUCUUUCGUUCUCAAGUUUCAUCGUUUCUCUCCAGACUCACCGUCUCUCUCCAUCUCUUCUCCAUUCGAAAAAAGGCAAAAACGAAAGGGGUUUUUGAAUUCUCGAUCUUCUGCAACUGAGCAGCUCACUGUUCAUCGUCGAUUGUCUCUCAGACUCUCACUGUCUCUUCUUCAUUCAUUCUCCAUUCUCCGUUGUUGGGCUAUCCCGAGCAAGCCAAUAGUAAGACUGUCUAUGCUAAGCCAUAACCCCCGUAAGCCAUGAGACUGUCUAUGCUAAAAUGCGCAUCUUUAUGCGCUCGCCAUCUCCUCUCCGCUCCGACUUGCAGACCAAACCCUAUUUCGUCCACUCUCCCUCUCACUGCAGCCCUUCCAAACCCUAUCUCUUCCACUCUCCCGCUCAGACUUUUUUCUUCUGAUUCAUCCAACGAAAAUCCUCCUGCUCCUGAGACCAACUUAGCAGAGCCACAGAAGAAAGACAUCGAUGAGCCACCGAAGAAGGAGAUCUCCAUUGAUGUCAAAGACGUCGGCAACAAGGAGUUCCGUGAUCGGAUUGAGAGGUACUUAAAGGGGGAUGAAGAGGCUCUCCCGUCGAUCAUGGAAGCAAUCCUUGCGAGAAGGUUACAUGGGAAGCACGAGGAGACCGACGACGAGUUGAUAGAAGAGCUUAGGCAGAAACCCCUUGAUGAUGUUAAAGAUAAAGAGUUCGAAUCGGACUUUGAGGAGCUGUAUGACACUGACGAGGAGAUUGACAAUCUGUAUAAUGCGAGGCAGAUUGUCGAGAAGAGGAUGGUAAAGGACGAAUACUUUAACAUGGACGACCGCAAAUGGGACGAGAUGAUUAAGGAAGCUACUGAGAAAGGGUACCUCAAGGAUACAAAGGAGUGCGAGGAGAUUCUCGAGGACAUGCUCAGCUGGGAUAAGCUCCUCCCGGAUGAAGUAAAACAAAAAGUGGAAGGAAAGUUUAAUGAGCUUGGGGAUAUGUGUGAAAGGGGAGAGCUUGAACCUGAAGAAGCUUACCAGAUGUUCAAGGAAUUCGAGGAUAAGAUGGUUCUGGAAUGUGCAAAGAUGAUGGAGGCAGAAGGACCCCCACAGUUUGAUGAUGCUGUGCCAGACAAGAAAAAGGACCUUGAUGACCCACCUGGUGAGGGGCCAGUUCUGAGGUGGCAAACAAGGGUUGUCUUUGCUCCUGGUGGUGAUGCAUGGCACCCCAAAAACAGAAAAGUGAAACUUUCUGUCACUGUAAAAGAGCUUGGGCUUUCAAAGCAUGCAUUUCGGCGGUUAAGAGAAUUAGUUGGAAAACGUUACCAUCCUGGGAAAGAUGAACUUACAAUUACCAGUGAGAGGUUUGAGCAUCGUGAGGAAAAUAGGAAGGAUUGUUUGAGAACACUACUUGCCUUGAUUGAGGAGGCAGCGAAAGCAGAUAAGCUGGUGGAGGAGACUCGAGCCUUGUAUGUCAAGGAGAGACUCAGAGCCAAUCCAGAAUUCAUGGAGAGGUUACGGGCCAAAACCAUGGAAAUGAGGGCAUCUCAAUCUGCACUUCCUUCAUGAUUGUUAAAUUAAUUGGCAGUCAGGCAGCAAAUGAUCUUCUACAUGUCUCACCUCAGUACAGCACGCAUAUUUUCCAUAGCCCUUGUCACCCUUCAAGAAAUUAAUUAGCAAAGAUGUCCUGAUUGUAUCUUGGAUGAAGCCAUUAAAAAAGUUCUCAUGUCACUUUUUUUUUUUUAAUUUAUUUUUACAUUGCUUUAAGACCUAGAACUAUUAGAAAGGCUGACAUUUUUGCUGGUGUUAUUGCUUGGUCGCUGUUACCUGAUUUGGAAUUUUUAUUGCUCCUAGACCAUUUUCCCAGAAAGAUUGACAUGGUUCAUGUCAUGCUAAGAAAACUUCUAAAUAUAAUGAUACAAUACAGGGCCAUGGGUUGUUAUAUUACAUGGCCCUUAUUCCAUUGUUUUUGAACCAUUUCAACAUUCUAAUAUUAUUCUAAUAAUUCAAUUAUUUAUCUUUUGCCUUA